AUGGCUUGUAUUUACAGCUCCAUUUCCUCUUUCUCACUUUCAUCAAAUUCGACCUUCAAUCCUCUCCGUUCAAAUCACAAGUCCAAGCCCACUAUCUACUGCGCUGUUGGAGGGGCUGUUGCAGAACCAAAGUCUGUUAGUGCAACUGAACCUUUGUUGCUUAAUGCCGUUAAAGGGAAAGAAGUAGAACGACCUCCAGUUUGGCUUAUGAGACAAGCCGGGAGGUACAUGAAGAGCUAUCAAACUCUCUGCGAGAAGUAUCCAUCAUUCCGUGAAAGAUCAGAGAAUGUAGACCUUGUGGUGGAGAUUUCCUUACAACCUUGGGAAGUGUUUCGGCCGGACGGGGUCAUUUUAUUCUCUGACAUCCUUACUCCCCUCACUGGUAUGAAUAUACCUUUCGACAUCAUAAAAGGAAAAGGCCCAGUGAUAUUUGAUCCCCUGAAAACAGCUUCGGAUGUUGAGAAAGUCAGAGAAUUUGUUCCAGAAGAAUCCGUUCCAUAUGUUGGUGAAGCAUUAACAAUCUUGCGGAAGGAGGUUAACAAUGAAGCCGCAGUGCUUGGUUUUGUUGGAGCUCCAUUUACUCUGGCAUCAUAUGUGGUUGAAGGUGGCUCAUCAAAAAAGUUUACGAAAAUAAAAAAGCUAGCUUUCUCAGAGCCAAAGGUCCUUCAUGCUCUCCUACAAAAAUUCGCUACCUCCAUGGCCAAAUAUAUUUGCUAUCAAGCGGACAAGGGAGCUCAAGCAGUUCAGAUAUUUGACUCAUGGGCUACAGAGCUCAGCCCUGUUGACUUUGAGGAGUUCAGUCUACCUUAUUUAAAACUGAUAGUGGAUACUGUGAAACAGACCCAUCCAACACUCCCAUUGAUUUUAUACGCUAGUGGUUCUGGAGGCUUGCUGGAGAGACUACCUUUGACAGGUGUGGAUGUGAUCAGCUUGGAUUGGACUGUUGACAUGGCCGAUGGUAGGAGACGAUUGGGUCCUGAUGUAGCAGUACAGGGAAAUGUAGAUCCAGGCGUCCUUUUUGGCUCAAAAGAGUUCAUCACGAACCGUAUAAAUGACACAGUAAGGAAAGCCGGCAAAGGUAAACACAUUUUGAACCUUGGUCAUGGAAUAAUAGUAGGAACGCCAGAGGAAAACGUCGCACAUUUCUUUGAAGUUGCUAAAGGACUUAGGUACUAG